AUGGCCUGCGUUCAACUCAACCACAGUAUCCCUCACAGGAACAGUUUCCAUCCCGGUGAUUACAUCGUCGAUAAUCGUCGGCACGGGGUUCUCAAGUCCCUCCAGGGUAUUCACUUGGACAAAUCACACCUCGGGUGUUCCAACUGGCAACAUUACGGGUACUGGUGCAAUCACGGCGACGGGGUCAGCAACCGCCACCACUCUUUGGCCAAGUGUGAACACCACGUUGAGCUCUCAACAGAGCACGACUCCGUCUCCAAGCAAUGGGACAAUUUUGAAUACCUCAACGUCGAAUGCGACUCUCAGCACCACAUCGGGAGGGUUUUCUACAACCGACGCUCCUCCGUUUCCAACCGGCAACUCCUCUGUCGUUCCCUUCCCGACUGGGUUCAAUACAUCGAGCAUCUGGCUUUCCACAGUCAUGUCGACCCUUGUUAUACCCGUAGGAACAGGUUCUUCACCUAUCGCUACGAUCGCAGUUUCAACGGUACUUCCAGCACCAACUCUACCACUUCUCCGUCGCUGCCUCCAUUCCCGGUCACCAACUCUACUUCAUCUCCGUCUACCUUGGGCAGCAUCACGGGUACGAUCCCAGGCACAGGCGGCACACCGAUACCCACGUUGACUGGCGGGACUUCAGCUGGUAGUGGUACCGUCACAGGUCUUCCAACCCCGACCACAGAGCCACCGUUCCCAACUCGGAAUGGAACGUCGACGGCAGAACCUACAGGAACCGCACCUCCUGAAGGAUCUGGAACUAUCUUCUUCACAACUGAGCCCCCAGAGACAUCGAGCGGUCUCAACGCCACGGCAACGACGCCGCCAUUCCCUGCUGGCAAUAUCACCGUGAUCCCGGUAUCGACUGGCAACAGCCGACCGCCGCACCACGCAAACCCUUACAGUCUUGCGGUCUGCAACAUUGACGCCGCCGUUCCCAACUUCAAACGGCACCAUUGUGCCUACUGUCACAGGGACUGGUCCUCCACCUGGCACUGUAAUUCCGAGCGUUCCCUUCAGCCAGUUGCCGAACUCAACAUUCUCGUCGCUGCCAUCUUUGUCGUCGUCGUCUUCGCUAGUCUACCCUCCCACUGGGUCUUCGACUACCCCUGUCACUUCCACCAACUCGACAGGGCCGACGGGGUCUUCAACACCAUGCCAUACUGUCACCGUAACCAGUGGCACGGUGACCCAAGUUAUUACCAGAAGUGUUCUGGUCUCAUCCAUGCCAACCUGCACGUCCAAGUGGCAGAACACGACCUCUACAAAGCCCUCAACCGGUGCUACAAACACAACACCGCCACGACUCUCAUCACAUCAACAACCAAGGCUUCGGUCUCAGCCGAGGGAGACAGUACCACCAUGUUCGAGCCCGACGGCCCGGUGGUGCCGACUACCACAGUCAGCGACUUCACUCUGCCAUCUAACAAGGCCUACCCUUGGGGUGGCAACGGACCCCUCUUCCGGCGUCCUAACACAACUGCCACCGACAGUGAGGAGGUUCCAGUCCGCCAGCCUGGUGGGUGGUGGUUGCGGUGGAAGCGGCAUUUCGACCGAUCGCGAUCGAGCGCAAAGGACAGGGGGGCAGACGUGACUCACGAGACCUGA